AUGGUGUUGCCUGAGCGCUAUUCACUUGCGACGCCAUCUCAGGCGUCGCAAGGUAUGCCCUGGGCGCCGAACCCUAAGACAUUAAUGCUUAUACGUGUUGUAUUCACCUUUCUAGUAUGUCUCAUGGCGUUGGCCUCAGCAAUUAUGACGGCUAUUAUCAUCAAUUAUUACUUGAGUCACCAACCCAUGAUCUUCCCACCGUUGAGCUCCAUGAUUUUCAUCUUAUUUAUGGGCAUUUUCACAUCCAUCAUGUACUUUGGCUAUUACAUUUUUCUUCCCUCUCUCAAGACGAUGCGGCGUGGAAGCAUGUUAGCUGUUUUAUUUACAAUGAAAUUGGAGGUACUGUUUCAGUUUGCCAUGGCAUCCAUUUGGAUUAGUGGUGCGUUGGCCUAUGCUGCAGAUUAUCGAGGCCACGAAAAUUGCCUUUGGGAUGGAUACUAUCAUUACAAAAAGCCAGAUGACUGGAAUCAUUUGUGUGACAUGGUUAAUUGGUUAGUGGGUAUGUCGUAUGCGACAUUUGGCGUUCAAGCAGGAUUUUUGGCUUUCGAUGUUUUGAUGGGGGCUUAUAUCUUUAUGUUUCUGGAUCAAGAUUCUGUUAGUGAGCCCUUUUACGAGUGGGGAACCCGCGCUUGGGAGUACAAAUACAAGCCGUCAGCACCGCUGUCUUCGAUUCAUAAUCCAAUGGUGUACCGUUCCUCCCCUGAAAACCAUAUCCAUUCGACUCGCGGUACUAGUGCACCUUACGGAUAUAAUGAAAAGUAUUUGGACGGUCGUGCGGAACAGGAAAGAUUUUCAGACAAAUGGUCCGAAUCAAGCAGCUCGCAUCGUUCAAAUCGUCGAGGUGCUUCCUACAAUGGCCUGAGUAUGUCAGACCAUUUCACGGAUGAAAGCAGUACAAAUGGGAGUGGAACGAAAUACUAUGGAGGUGCAUACUCGCGAAGCAGUGUUAACAGUCGUCGUGCGGAUCUCGCUGAAGCACCUCGGCCUGCAGGCACUGGUGGCACAAGCUCUGGUGGUGCCCCCUCAUGGCAUGCUCCCACUAUAACUGAUGCCGAUUCAAUACGCAGUCCAACUUCCCUUCGGGAUAUGUCGUGGAAGUCAAGGUAUGUUUCGGCACCAUCGUCCCUAUCUACCCGUGGCCGUCGUGGCAGUCAAUAUAACAACAUGCUGAGUGAGCUUGGUACGAUUGAAGACGAAGCUGAGACGCAAGAAAUGGACGAAAAAUAUAACCUCAUCGAUCACAAAAAUGUCGAGGAAGAAGAGGAAGAGAAAGAAGCCAGACGCGUCCGACGUCGCCACAGUAUGGAUGAUGACAAUCCUUGGCUCCUGGAAGACGAUGAAAUGGUUUGA